UUGACUCAACAUUGUCAUCUUUCAAAAUGGCGGACACUAACGCAUCGUCAGCGGAAAGUGAUGAAAAUUUUGUUAUAAAGUUUGUUACAGACCUGUUUUCGAGUCCGUUAAACUUGGGACUUCUUGCACUUUGUGGAUUUCUCUUGUAUAAAAUAAUUGUUGGGCAAAAAAAGAAAGAAGAUGUCAGGCCAAGAGAGCCAGAACUUCAAAAAAUGAAGCAACAAGACAUGACACUCGAACAAUUGAGAGAAUAUGAUGGCAAAGGACCAGAAGGAAGAAUUUUGUUGGCAGCCAAUGGAAAGAUUUUCGAUGUCACACGAGGCAAAAGAUUUUAUGGUCCAGGUGGGCCAUAUGGUCUGUUUGCUGGUCGAGAUGCCUCCAGAGCUCUUGCCACUUUCUCAAUGACGGAGGAUGUCUUCCGCAAUGAAUAUGAUGAUUUGUCGGACUUAACAAGCAUGCAGAUGGAAAGUGUUCGUGAAUGGGAAAUGCAAUUCACAGAAAAAUAUGAUUAUGUUGGUCGGCUCCUGAAGCCAGGGGAGCAACCAAGGGACUAUACAGACACAGAAGAUGAGCAAUCAGAGGACCAAAAGGACAAGUCUGAAUCUGAGAAGAAAACAGACUGAAAGCUGUGCUCCAGGCAUUAGAAAGCCUCUAGUUUGCCUGCUCCAGUUUCCUGUGUAGUAUACCAUUGUGCAAAGGCAUUUAUAUGAGCUAGUCAUUAGCUUAUUACCAUAUUGUGUUAUUGACAUUAUUAUAUGGUGCAGUUGUAAUGUAAUUUCCAAUGAUAGACCACUUUAACUCUUAUUAAUAAGAACGGGGCCUGGCAUGGAGCUUAUGUAUGUGAACUUUUGUUGUCUUUCUAAAUUCAACACAGCCUUUGUUAAUUGGAAACUGCUGUACCGGUAUUGUUUUAAUUUUCAGUCUUAGAGGCAUAUUUAUUACAUGUUGAAAAUAUUUAUUUACCAUGGAUCACUGCAUCCAGUGUUUAAGUAUCUACAUGUAGCUAAAAAUUGCAAACAAUAUAAAAAAAGAAACAUUAUUUUUUUUUAAACAAAAAUUCACUUUUUACACAUGUUAUAUCUUCCAUUGAGUAUUAUUUUGUGUUUGUAUGAUUUUUCACCGUUUUCAACAAUAUUACAGUCUUAUCAUUGCAGUCCAGUAUUGAGUCCCAGUUACUUAUUAGUCAAAUGGAACAUUAAUUAAUUUUCUUGCCAGGUAUAUUAUUAUGAUAUAUUUAUAUAUAAAAUAAAUGUUGAAACAAAUAUUUUAAUGUGUGGAAAAUGUUAAAUUUCUUUCGCUGUAUGCAAGUAUGUAAUGGAGAAAAAAACAGCGGGAGCCUUGCAUGAAUAUAGGUGUAUUACAAAUUGAUUUUCUUAGGUUUAAAUUUCUUAAAUUAAAUUAUUCAAAAUUAAUAUUGAGUGCUUAAUUGACUGGUUUGUUCUUUAAAAUCCACUGUAGCAGCAUUCGUGUGAUUUCCCCCAAAGACACCAAGAGCUGGUUCUACACAGGAAACAUAUUUGAGAGGCUUUCAAUUCAAUCGAGCUAAAAAAUUAAAUUGAUUUAAAACAAAUUCAUGUGUUUCUGGACAUUCAAAUACUGCAAAUAAUGUAUAUGUACAUACUCUAAUAGUAUUUCUUGGUUUAGCUUUGUAAAGUUACCACUGGGAAAAGUAUCUUUUUAAACUAUAUAUACUUAGUAUGAAAGUAUAUAUUGAAAAACAACUUACUUCUCCCUGUAGACAGUUUUGUUUUAAUAAACUCCAUCAUUAUGUCCUUAGUGUGACAAGUCAUUUGUGGCAUAAAUUGGUGCAUUCUUAGUAUCCCGUCGGUUGAAACUGUUGUGAUUUUUAGUAUCCAAUUUCGACUAAUGAUUAAAUUAAAUGUUGAUUACAUUCUGUAGUUUACAGACAUCCAACAUUUCUGAAAUUGUCUGUUCUGCAGACAAAUGAAAUAUUCUUAUAAGCCCAACAUGUAGGUUAUACAUAAAACAUAUUGCUAAUUUGCUACCAAUUAAUUAUAACUAAGCUAAUUGAUUGCUACUGUGUCAAUUGAUUUGAAAUUAAACUCACAGUUGCCCGAUGUGAACCAGAGAAGUAAGACCAGGGCUGACAGAUUAGAUGCAAGAGGACAAGGAUUAUACAACUGAUACAUCAUCUUUUCUUAUUGAUCUUUUUCAUUGAACUUCAAAUACAAAUUUGUAGCAAACAAAGUAAUUUAAGUUGCAAAUGUAGUACUGAAAUAGACAUAUUGACAAGAUUUAACAAUUUUGUCUGCUUCAAUUGUUCAUGGUGUGUUGUACCAUUUACGCAAAGUAUUGGACAUUUGAGUUGGGCCAUGCAAUAAUGGGUCUUAUGCAAUAUGGCCAGCGUAGCUCCAGACCAGCCUGUGAAGUAUGAUCAGGUCUUGAGCUAACAGGUUUGCGUAUACAUGUAAGAGCACGCAUGACAUAAAAGCGGAAAGGGUAGCUCCCGACAAGACUGUGCAGAUGAUCAGGCUGGUCUAGAGCUAUGCUGUCCGCAUUGGGCUUAAGACCCAUUUUCUCAUGAAGUGGGUCAUUUGUCAUCAGAAACAAUGGAAUUUAAUUCCUUAAUGCUAUAAAACAAAGACUUUUGAGUGCUUUGUACACAAACCAAAUUUGCUUCAGUUUGUUUAUCAUGGAUCUGAUAAUAGCUCAUUAUCAAGUGUUGCAAAGGGAAUUAAAGAUAACACAAGGGACAUAGGAUUGGUUUUGGUAAAUACAACUUACAAACAGAUAUCAUGUGAGAUGGACUUGUAUUAUUUUCUAUCCAUUUUGAAUUGUUUGUUUUACAUGUUAUGAAAUAUCAUCUGUGAUCUUUCUCUAAAUAAUCAAUUAAUUAACUUAAUUUACAAUCUAUUAUUAUUUUUAAUUUUGCAAUUCAUAUUCAUGUUGUGAAUAAAAUAUGUUUCUUCAUUUUACAUUGUAUUUCCAUAAUUUUAAUUGCAGCUUGAUUAAUAUAGAAAACUAUAGCUUCCUAUAAACCUAUUAUUUUAGUUAUUGCAUUUUUGACUCGUGAUACUCAAAAACAAUUUAAAUGGACAGUUUAUGAGGCUGCUGACUACUAAACUAUGUAAGAAUUGAAACAUGAUCAUUUCUUUUAAGUAAUGUAGAUUGUGAAAAGAUUCUGUAUUGACUUUAUGCAUACUAUGUACACAACACUAUUAUAUGCACCAAACCUUGCAGUCCCAAUCUUAAAUAUUUAUGUAUGUGGUUGUACUUGGAAUUAAUUUGUUUCAUUAAUUAAAAUCAUCAGUUCAGUUACUUAAGUUUAUUUUAAAAUGACAAGCACAUGAAAGGAAAUAACUUUUUAUGUAAAUCAAAGAAUUUCUUCACACCUGUGUGGUGUCACGAAAGAAAUAUGUAAAUUGCUCUCUUGUAAAGUGGACUCUUUUAUGUUAAAUUGUAACAUCCUUUCAAGGAGACUUAGAUUUAACACGGUUGACUUAUGCUUUUAAACUUUCAAUUAGUUCAGAUGUUGGGUAUCUUGUUGUUAUUGACAGAAUGCUUGCCUGUCGGAGCAAAAUAUUGAUAUUAUCAUAUUAUCAGUUGGUAGAAUGUGCGCUUAGCGCAGAACAUUUGUUAUCAUCUACUUUGAUUGCUCCAUAUAUAGGACAGAAGAAUGAAAAGCUGUAAACAAAGUAUCCAUUAAGAGAAGCAGAUUUGUUUUUAUUUAGUUUGCUCUUUAUUUAUGUGACUCAUUCCAUUGUGAUGUGUUCAGUGUAUGAUAUAUGUUAACUAGUAUCAUAUUCAUAUAUAUAUACAUAGCUUGUUAUUUAUAGCUACAAAAAGAACUUAGUUUCAUAGUGCAUGGACUUCAAUCCAUGGUAUUGUGAAAAAUUUUUUUUGCUGCAAUGGUAUAAUAGACAGAUUAUUUGUGUGCCCCCCUUCGAAGAAGAGGAGGUAUAUUGUUUUGCGCAUGCCGGUCGGUCGGUCCGUCCGUCAGUCUGUCCACCAAAUGGUUUCCGGAUGAUAACUCAAGAACGCUUACGCCUACGAUCAUGAAACUUCAUAGGUACAUUGAUCAUGACUUGCAGAUGACCCCUAUUGAUUUUCAGGUCACUAGGUCAAAGGCUUCGGUGGUUCGAACCAGUAAAAUGGUUUCCGGAUGAUUACUCAAGAACACGUACGCCUAGGAUCAUGAAACUUCAUAGGUACAUUGAUCGUGACUCGCAGAUGACCCUUACUGAUUUUCAGGUCACUAGGUCAAAGGUCAAGGUCACGGUGACUCGACCAGUAAAAUGGUUUCCGGCUGAUAACUCGAGAAUGCUUACGCCUAGGAUCAUGAAACUUCAUAGAUACAUUGAUCAUGACUCGCAGAUGAUCCUUAUUGAUUUUCAGGUCACAAGGUCACGGUGACUUGACACAGUAAAAUGGUUUCCGGAUGAUAACUCAAGAAAGCUUACGCCUAGGAUCAUGAAACUUCAUAGGUACAUUGAUCAUGACUCGUAGAUGACCCCUAUUGAUUUUCAGAUCACUAGGUCAAAGGUCAAGGUCACAGUGACAAAAAACGUAUUCACACAAUGGCUGCCACUACAACUGACAGCCCAUAUGGGGGCAUGCAUGUUUUACAAACAGCCCUUGUUUUUAAUGAACAUUAUUUUGUUUAAUGAAUUUUUUUUUUAAUGAACAUAUAUGAAGUUAAAACCCAAUGAAGUCAGUGGUAUAUACUUAAUUGUGAAGUUCACAAAUUAAAAACAGCAAUGAAUUCAUCAGUAGCACAAAAGGUAUUGGUAUUGCUUGAUGAAUUAGAUUUACUAUGUAAAGAUGUCAAAUUUAUUUCAGUGAACUUGCUUCCUUUUAGCAUAGAUUAAAAAUGUAUAAAACACAACUACAUAGGUAAAAAAAAAUAGUUAUAAACUUAACUGUGAACUUGAUUUCUUAUAUAAUAAAUUUAAAAUGUAUAAAAACAUAUAACAGGUAUGUUAACAUGUGUUUAGUAUGUUUUCAUCACUAUUGUUGUGUAUUUUCAUAAUUUUUUCACAGCCUGUUCAUUAUAAGUAGAUGUUAUAAUUUUACAACAAAACAAUUAUUGAAAUUUGCCUCUUGCUAUCUUCAUGCAGCAUAAAACUACAAUAAAGUUGACUGCGUGUGUAUAAGCAGUUUUUAAAUGUUUGACAUGCCUAUACCAUUACAAAUUUAAAUAUAUUAAUAUAAUAGUCCACGUGUAAUUUGAUAUUAACAUGUAUUACUGUUUGUGCACUGGUAUUAUUUAUGUAUCGUCGCUGUCGUUCUAAAACCUCUUAGCUCGAAAAUUUUCAAAAUAUUUUAUUCGUCUUUUCCGAAUAUAUUAAGUCUGGCGCGUGUUUUGUAAUAUAUCUCGUAGCUCUACGCCAAUCAGAGCCCUUGAAACAGCCAGGUGACAAAAUGUUGUAGAAUGAUUGUUGGCUUUUUUCCCGGCGAAAAGUUGUAGCGACGCCAUUUCACCUAUAGGUACAUCGUUUCGUUUGGACAAAUUUGACAAAAACGUUUUUAUAAUUUUUUUUAUUUGCAACUACGAGGUUUCCUAUCAGGACGAAUUGUCGUUCCUCAUAAAAAUGACAAAACUGUGGUGACAAAAUAUCGUAGCUACCAAGUCCGACUGUCAGUAUGACUUAUCAGUAUGACUUAUCAGUAUGACUUACGCGUCUACGGCUUAUACCGUAUUUUGCAGCUUCAUUUGUUUGGUAUUUUUACAUAAUUUCAAUUUCUAAAACAUCGUUAUAAAAAAAUGAGACGUUUUUUUCUCUCUCCUGAAAAUUUGGCAUUUUGUAGCUACGAGGUUUGAGAACUACAGCGACGGUAUAUUGUUGAACUAAACUUCAAGCAUUCUGUGCCACUAUUGCAUAAUGUUCAGUUAACAUAUUCAGUUUGACUGUUCUAUCCAUAUGGUUGUUCCAUUAAGCUCGUCCUUUUUAAAAGAUACACAUGCAUAUAGUGUAUAUAGUAUUGAUCACUAAAUGUAAUGUAAUGUACAUACACAAUAUAAGAUUUUUUUAAAUCCUAUAAACUUAUAACACGGUCUCUUAGACUUUGCCAUGGAACAUUUUAAAAGUGAUAUUUCAUAUGGGAGUAACACACGACAAUCUUUUAUAAGCACAUUUUCUUCUCACCUAAUGUAAUAUUUACUUUCGUUUGCUUAACUUUGCCUAUUGCUUGUUAGAACAUUCGCAAUUGCUUUUUGUUGUUGACUGAAAAUAAUUAAGACAUACUUUAUUACAAGUUUUUUUAUAUGGCAUAAGAUGAUCAGUUUUAUAUUUCAGAUGUGCGGCUUGUAUUAACCUUUGAAAUGUUGCUUUGUUGCCUUAAAUUCUCCUCUGCAGCAAUAUAAUGGCCCUUUACUGUAAAAAAUAAGCAUUAUAUCGUGUUUUACAUGGUGCAACUAUUGAAAAUAUAUUGGUUCUUUUAGGAUGCUGUCUUGUUGCCAUGAGUUGUAUUUUACAUGAUGAAAUGAACAGUUUGUCGUUAAUAUUUUUUCAUGUUAAUAUUUUACUAUUGCAUGCUUAAUUGCUGUUUCAUUUGUUCUUUAAAAGGGGCAUAUCACCUGCUAAUAUGGCAUUGUACAUGUAUUUAUAAAGUUGAGUAUCAUGAGGGCUUGGUUGAAUGAUAGAUUAGGAAAAUAGUUAUUUACAUAAUUAUAAAAAAGUUGUCUGGCAUCUGACCAAUACAAAUCAGUAGUAGGACAAGUAGUAGAAGUACAACUUUCAUGAAUUAAAUGUACAUGAAUAACAACUAGUACAUGAUUUCUGUUGGCAUGAGUUUGAACACACUAGAAUCCUGUGCAUAUCUAAUUGGGUUAGCAUUUUUGCUUUUUCAUUAACAAUAUCUUCAAUAUAAAAAGUAGGAAUACGGAUAUUAUUUAAGUAUGUGUAAUUAUGUUGGCGAAAUGUUGUUUAUAUGCCCUUUAAAAAGAAAAUGUUGGGAAAUUUAUUUUUGUCUAAGUAACCAUAGAAAUGUUGAUGCUAAAUAAACAUUCAGCCAUUCA